UUUUGACGCCGCUGUCUUACGAUCAAUAAUUUGUUACUGUUUAUGCUUUUAUUAUUUAACAGGUAGAGGAGAAACAUUACCCCUUUGAAUUUGUUACCGUUGUGCUAAUUUUUAUUGAAUAUCUGAACUUGUUGACCCCUAUUAUAUGGGCAUUUGACCUUAGUGCAAUUAAACACAUCCAUAAUCUUCGUUAAUUUUAUUUUUGCAAAAGAAGUACGUAAUAGACUGAACUUGCUUAGUAUUUCAUGGUAGAUAUCAUUGCGUUUAAACUCUUUAGGACAUUGCCGAGGUAUACCAUGGCAAUCUGUGACAUGGAACGUGUUGACACAAAAGUAGUUUCUGUUUCUUAAUUUUUUUGGUCUUUUUUAUAAGUUUUGCGUUUCUUAGUUGUUUCUUCCAUUUCUUGUUCUUCUGUUUGGUGUGUCAAUUGUGUCGGUCUUUUGGGCGGGGGUGUGAGGCAAACAAGAGAGGCUUAGGUGCCCGUGGAGUCUGGCCUGGCAAUUGAUCAGAGACGAGGCUGGAUGGAUGACCGAAUAUCUAUUGCUAGAAAAUGGAGAAAGUUAAGACUGUCGAUGCAUGGGGCUUGAAAUAUGAUUCUAUUGAAGUUUCUUCGAAUGAAGCUUGCAAAGCUGCAAGUCCCUAGAACCAACAAGAGUGACUGCACAGUCGGAACAUGUGCCCACGCAUGCCGUUUAGGUAGACCAUUGAUUACACAUGUAUUGAAACGGACAUCUGCUAUUUUUUGCUUUUUCAACAAAACCCUUUCAGAUAAAGUUUACAUCAAUAAAGGCCGUAGAGUUUUGAGCGUAGAUGCAGCAUUCCAAGAAUCAAUACCCAUCCGAAAGCCCGAUCACAAAAAGGGUAUAUGCCUAGUGAUAGUUACGUUUUACAGUUUUUUUUUUUUAACUUCUCAAUAAUGUCACAGCCUCUGUUUUUGUAAAAUCGUUACGAUAAUGUAAGGGGAUUCUGCACUUUUGAAUUAUUAUUAUUAUUAUUAUUAUUUAUUUAUUAUAUUCAUAAUAACAGAAUGAUUGAAAUGGAUAGGGUAAAUUAUUAGUUACAGUACUUUAGGCAAGAAAACUGGUAACUGUAAAUAUUACCGUUAAAUGUUAUAAGAUCCACAUGAUAAUUCUGUUAAAAAAAAGUGUUGCUUGAUUCGGUCAGAUACAUGCAGUUAAUUAGUAGCAAAGGGAAUAGCAUCUGGAGUGGUGCUGCACGUAUAUAUAAUUAUGCAUAAUAUUAUAGAUACAAAAUGUCAGUUCAUUUUAUCAGUAUUUUUUUAAUUUUAAUUUUAAAUUUUAACUAUUUUCGAUGACACAUCAAAUUAUAUAAAUAAAAUUAUAACGGCAAAUAACAUUUUACCAAUGAUAUUUAAGUUUCGUACGAAUAAAUAAUGAAAUGGAUUCGGAGAAAACGAAAAAAAGGGGACGGAAAUGACGCCAGUCCUAAUCCACCUUCCGAGUUUGACUUGAUGUCUACUUCUCUCAGAGUUACUAACCCACUCUAUAACCGUAAAAAAACCUGGCCUACGGAACUCAUCACUCACCAGUCCUUGCUAAAAAAAAAAAAAAGAGCUUUAUUAAGUUCGCUGGUUGCACUCACCGACGAUCACUGGCUGCAACAGGCUACCGAAUCAUCAUGGAUCUGGAACAUAAACGUAUAACCUGGGUCGGAGGUAUUUUCCAGAAGCUUGAAGAUAUGUGCCAAGAGGUGGAUAAUAUUGUGAGCCAGGAUGCAAUAAAUUAUGUUGAAAACCAGUUGCACAGUAUGGGUGGCAGUGUGAAGAAGUUCUGUUCUGAUGUUGUCGAAGAUGUACUUCCUCCUUUAGUGGAUCCCAUAAAGCGUGAAGCACAAGCUGUGGUUCUGAAAAGCAAUGCUGCAAUCAGUACCUAUUUGCAGUCAAUGAUAGGUGAUGAGAAAAAACAUGGAGAGGCUGUCAUGAAGCAGUCACAUGUGGAGCCCAAUGCAGAUGAUCAUGUCAAGAACCUGCUGCCAGUAAAUCAAAUUAUUCCAACUUCUGUACAUUCCCUUGAGGAGGCAGAGACUGUCUUGCCUUUGCAAAAGGUUGAUGAUAUUUUGAUGGAUGAAAACCCAAAUGUGAAUGCUGAAGAAAACGCCACUGAGGAGUCCACCGCUGAGAUGUUGGAGUUUUUUUCUCCAGGUGAUAAAGAACCCUUUGAUGCAUCAUUGUCCGUCGUAUCUGGUGAGGAAAUUAUUGCCGAGAUGAGACUCGUGUGCCCCGGAAGUUCCCUCUUAGCGGAGUCUUGUAAUAAUCCUGGGGAUUGUAUUUGUCAUAGUUUCAACAAGCUCCACUCUUCUACACCAACCCCAAUUAUCUCCUCUGAGAACGAGGCGCAUGAGCCAGGGCUUGCUUCCUCCAGCAGUGUCCUACCAUCAGAUUCCAUUGAGGAAGACACUUCCAGUUCUAAGAAAAUUCUCUCUGUGACUGAAUCAUCUGGAAAUAGGCAUAUUCACAUCUGGGAGUCUUCUCAAGGUUUUACAGGACAUUCAUAGGACAUGAACAAUGAUAUUAAUGAUCCGGGCAUGGAAACCAUUGAAUUGCGUGAUGAGGUGAGUCUCGAUGAAAGCUGUGUCAUCGUAGAACCUAGUGAACUUUAUACUCUCUCGCCGAACCCGCAAGCUCAGAUCAUUCAGGAAAAUGAUUCAAGAUGCAUUUGCUUCAAAAAAGAGAGUGGCACAGGAAUAUGAACUGCUAGCUUUUUGGCAUGGAGAGGUCGAUAUGGGCUCUAGCAAAAACAGAACAGAAUCUAUCCCUGCCAAUCCCUUGGAUAUGAACAAUUUGCAAGUAAAGCAGGAAUGCGAUUCCGACUGGGAGCUUCUGUAGGUAAACAAGAAACCUGUGCAUAUAGCUGCCAUUGGACUGCUUAGAGAGCCCCCUCCUGGACUUGCUUAUGAACGUGUUGGAGAUUGCCCACUUUGCGUAAAUAAUCAUUGUGGAAGUUCCAUCUUCAAGAUUGCUAAUGAACGUGUUGGAGACUGGCCACUGUGCGGAUAGUUAUGAUGAGUGAUUUAGCUCUUAAAGAUUGAAUGGUAAAAUCUCCAUUAGUAAUUCUACCCUUUUGCUAAUUAAUAAUAAGAAAGAUAUCAGUAAUGGCGGAUGUUGCUCU